GCGUCCCUUCUCACAUUCCCAUCCCAUGUGCUUUUCAUUGAGCCCUCACACGCACACAGAGAGAGAGAGAGAGAGGGAUGGAGGAAAAGAAAAGAGGGUUCAGCGCUUUAUCAAGGUGUGUUUCAGCAAUGGCUUCGAGGAGUUGUUCAGCAGCAGAACGAAGAGAGGUAGUCCCGGGGGCUAUUAAGCACAAGAAUGUGGGAGCAGAAAGGAAGAAUCGUCGUGCACUAGGUGACAUAGGAAAUGUGGUUACCGGUGGUGGGGUCGAGGGGAAGCAGCUUCCUCAGGAGUUUUGUGCUCAGUUACUGGCCAAUGAACAGGCUGCAGCAGCUGAAAACAACAAGGCUGCAAAUGCCAAUGGAGCCAAUUGUGGUGGAUGGAGCUCUGCUGGAAAAGAGAGCUGCCGUGCUCAGAAAAACGCUGCAGCAACCACCAAACCUAAGCCAGAGGAGAUAAUUGAAAUUAGUCCCGAUAUUACAGAAGUUGCAGAGCUCAAGGAGAAGGCCGGAGAGAAGUCGAUGAAGAAGAAAGCUCCAACUCUUACUUCAACUCUCACUGCUAGAAGCAAGGCUGCAUAUGGGCUAAGCAAUAAACCAAAGGUGCAAAUAGUCGUCAUAGAUGCUACUGACGUGAAUAAUGACUUGGUUGUUGUUGAAUAUGUUGAUGAGAUCUACAAGUUCUACAAGUCAGUUGAGCUGCUGAGUUAUUCCUGAAAUUCAAGCCAAGAAUGGUAAACCAAGUCAUAACUAUCCUCAAAUAUUGCAGGUGGAAAACAAGGUAUGUUUUCUUGUUGAGCUUUGAAUGAUGAAUUAUGGAACACUUAUUUACUAUCCAUCAAUAAUUGCCGCCUUGGUGCACAUUAAAUAAGGUACCCCAUCUAGAACGAAAUGUGAUAAGAAUUUAAUUAUUAAAAGACGAGUGAUUUCACCAGGAUCCGCGCAUCAGGUUGCCUAGACCCGUCCCGCGGUUUGACCCAGACUCGAAAGACAAUUAGGCACUGUAUGAUUGGAGUAAGGGAGACUCAAAUCAUGACACGUGAUCUACAAUGUCAAUUUUGACCCUAUAAAUACUUCAGAUCUGACCAAAUCGAAGUAACUGGCAUUUAUUGCAUUGAAUUUUUGACGUCAGAUCGCAUAUUUUCAUCUCAGCCAUCAACUAACUUGGGCGUCGGAGAGUUUUCAUCAAGGACGAACUCGACUAGCCUAACAUACUUGUUUUAUCCUCAGGCCUUAUCAUAGGUCUGGGGAGGUGACGCGGUGUCACGGGUUGCCCAUUCACUAGGCCCCGUGACGCGCACUUCGGCCACUCAACCGUUCUACAUGGCCGACCACUCAGCCUUCAUCGACAGACGCUGGACAACCAACUAGUCUUAGAGUCCUAGGUGUAGGCCUUUUAUUGCUUUGUUACUGUUUUGUUAUUUGCUUUCUGUUGUUUAGAUUCCUCAAGGGGACGUUAUGCCUCUUGAGUU